AUGAGUGCUAUUGAAUCUGCUCCGUCUCUUCUUCCUGUUGAAGAUAUUCAGGAUCCUGUUUCCAAUGAGCUUCCAAAUUCUAAUGUUGACACUGAUGAACAAGCAUUGUUGAAGAAAAAGCUUAUUCAGAAGCAACAGAUAGAAGCCAAUGUAGCCCCGAAAGAAGAAGCUGCUCCAGCACCAGCUCCAGCAGAAGAAGCUGCUCCAUCACCAGCUCCAGCGCCAGCAAAAGAAGCUGCACCAGCUCCAGCCCCCGCAGAAGAAGCUGCACCAGCUCCCGCAGAAGAGGCUGCACCAGCUCCAGCAGAAGAAGCUGCACCAGCUCCAGCUCCAGCAGAAGAAGCUGCACCAGCACCAGCUCCAGCAGAAGAAGCUGCACCAGCUCCAGCUCCAGCGGAAGAAGCUGCUCCAGCCCCAGCUCCAGCAGAAGAAGCUGCACCAGCUCCAGCUCCAGCAGAAGAAGCUGCUCCAGCACCAGCUCCAGCAGAAGAAGCUGCUCCAGCACCAGUGGAAGAAGCUGCACCAGCUCCAGCGGAAGAAGCUGCACCAGCUCCAGCUCCAGCAGAAGAAGCUGCACCAGCUCCAGCGGAAGAAGCUGCACCAGCUCCAGCUCCAGCAGAAGAAGCUGCACCAGCUUCAGCGGAAGAAGCUGCACCAGCUCCAGCGCCAGCGGAAGAAGCUGCUCCAGCAGAAGAAGCUGCUCCAGCACCAGUGGAAGAAUCUGCUCCAGCACCAGCGGAAGAAGCUGCUCAAGCUCCAGCUCCAGCAGAAGAAGCUGCUCCAGCUCCAGCGGAAGAAACUGCUCCAGCUCCGGCAGAAGAAGCUGCUCCAGCUCCAGCUCCAGCAGAAGAAGCUGCUCCAGCUCCGGCAGAAGAAGCUGCUCCAGCUCCAGCUCCAGCAGAAGAAGCUGCUCCAGCUCCAGCGGAAGAAACUGCUCCAGCUCCGGCAGAAGAAGCUGCUCCAGCUCCAGCUCCAGCAGAAGAAGCUGCUCCAGCUCCAGCGGAAGAAGCUGCUCCAGCUCCGGCAGAAGAAGCUGCUCCAGCUCCAGCUAAAGCGGAAGAAGCUGCUCCAGCUCCAGCUCCAGCUCCAGCAGAAGAAGCUGCUCCAGCACCAGUGGAAGAAUCUGCACCAGCUCCAGCUCCAGCAGAAGAAGCUGCACCAGCUCCAGCGGAAGAAACUGCUCCAGCUCCGGCAGAAGAAGCUGCUCCAGCUCCAGCUCCAGCAGAAGAAGCUGCUCCAGCUCCAGCGGAAGAAACUGCUCCAGCUCCGGCAGAAGAAGCUGCUCCAGCUCCAGCUCCAGCAGAAGAAGCUGCUCCAGCUCCAGCGGAAGAAGCUGCUCCAGCUCCGGCAGAAGAAGCUGCUCCAGCUCCAGCUAAAGCGGAAGAAGCUGCUCCAGCUCCAGCUCCAGCUCCAGCAGAAGACGCUGCUCCAGCACCAGCGGAAGAAGCUGCACCAGCUCCAGCUCCAGCAGAAGAAGCUGCACCAGCUCCAGCGCCAGCGGAAGAAGCUGCUCCAGCACCAGCUCCGGCAGAAGAAGCUGCUCCAGCUCCAGCUCCAGCAGAAGAAGCUGCUCCAGCUCCAGCGGAAGAAGCUGCUCCAGCUCCGGCAGAAGAAGCUGCACCAGCUCCAGCGCCAGCGGAAGAAGCUGCUCCAGCACCAGCUCCAGCAGAAGAAGCUGCCCACACUCCAAGUCAAGUUGAGGAAUCCGUUCCAGAGCCAAAUCACAACAAGUGGCGGCCCCAUCCGCGUGAAACCUUCUUCCGACAAGCACAUGUUCAAGUCAUUAAAACACCCCCGAUGGAUGCCCAUCAUCGCUAUCAUCAAACCCUUCUCAUGCUAUAUUACACAACAUAA